AUGCCGGGGUUUCGCCGGUCCAGACGGGGGCUUUGGCCCACGCACAGGACAGCCCUGCACUGCGCCGCGGCAACCGGAGACCUGGGGUGCUGCGAGUCCAUUAUCCAGAACAUCGCUGACGUGUUCUCGCUGGACGGACGGCAAUGUAGCCCUCUGGACAUCGCUUGCCUGGGCAAUCAGGUGCCCGCGGUGGAGCAUUUCUCGGACAAGAUGGAUCGGUAG